AUGGAGGUGUACCUCUGCAAUGCCUUCAACCCUAAACAUUUCAACUUGUCAACUCAGGGAACCCAUUGGGCGACCGCCGGAGCCACAUGGUACGGCGCUCCUGAUGGUGCCGGUAGUGACGGUGGUUCGUGUGGGUAUGGAAAUGCAGUCUCACAAGCUCCCUUUUCUUCAAUGGUCACUGGAAUUGGCCCCUCUCUCUAUAAAGCAGGCAAGGAAUGUGGGGCUUGUUACCAGGUAAAAUGCACAAAACAUCCAUCGUGUUCGAAAAAACCAGUGAGAGUGGUAAUUACAGAUUCCUGCCCAGGUGGGAUAUGUGCAUCUGAACCCGCACAUUUUGAUCUAAGUGGAACUGCUUUUGGUGCCAUGGCAAUUCCCGGCGACGAACAAAACCUUCGUGACGCCGGAAUCUUGGUGAUUAGAUACGCAAGGGUAGCAUGUGAUUAUUCAGGCAAAACGAUAGCGUUUCACGUGGACCAGGGCUCAAAUUCAAACUACUUUGCUGUGGUGAUUGAAUUCGAGGAAGGAGAUGGGGAUCUGGGUGGGGUUUACCUUAAGGAAGGGUCAAAGUCAACGAGUCAUCAGGGUUGGCGCGUGAUGCAACAGUCAUGGGGUGCAGUGUGGAAGCUGGACGCUGGAUCAGAAUUACACGCGCCUUUCUCCAUCAGAUUGGUCUCGCGCUAUUCGGGUCAAAGCUUAGUCGCUCAAAAUGUUAUCCCAAAUGGAUGGAAGCCUGGAUCUACUUAUAGAUCACUCGUUAAUUACUUAAAAUAA